AGUAAUAAAGAUGGCGGAUGUAACAUACGAGUAACUGAUGUUUGCUUCGAUAUCGACGUUAACAAUUCUACGAAAUAGCCGCGUUGACAUAUUGUGCGAUGUGCAUGUGAAUGCGUGUGUGCGUGUUUAUAGUGAAGUAAAUUCCGUUCGAGAAAAUAUGUUAGAAAUUUGUUGAAUAUGAGCGAAGGAGCGAAUUCAGUUUCGCAGAUCAGCGAGAAUUCGCUUACGACCUUGAAAGAUGAGGUCGAUCCUGAGGAACUUCCUCCGAGAACGAUAUCGCACACGACGAGAAGGUCGAGAUUUGGUACAAGCAAUGUCCCAUUGUCGCCUUAUAUUUUGAUCGAUGGUAGAAAAUUGCGAAGCUCCUUGGCAUUGAGCAAAAAAAAGCUUCCUCGACGUGUGAAUUUCCCAACAAAUGACAAUCACUUGAUUACGGGAUGCCUGGAACCGGCCAAUCCAUGGAAAUUCGCUGAAAAUGUGAAUUGUGAAGAUGUAAUCUCAUCAUACAAGGAAUCCUGUUUAAAACACAAUUCAGAUCCUCUGGAGAUUGUUAUAAAUCAGCUUAAGAAUUUAGAUACAUUGGAAUUGAGAAGUGAAGAGUUAGAUUUAAAAGGACAGACAUUGGAUAUUAAUCAUGCGGAACCAUUGGAGGAAAUUUUCAAAAGAGUUCGAUUUAAUAAAGUUAAUUUAGAAGCUACAUCUUUGGAUGAUGAGAGUUCUGUGAUAUUAUUUGAUAUGUUAGAAUAUUAUGAAUCUGCAAAGCACUUGAACAUUUCGUCUAAUCAAGGCAUUGGAAUUUAUGGUUGGCAAGCAUGUGCAAAUAUGAUAAGAAAGACCCAAUGCUUAGAACAUCUUGAAGCUAAGGAUGUAAUCCUUAAUGAACAAUACAUGAAUAUCUUGAGUCGUGCAUUAAGAUUAGUCUGUCAUCUACAUGUGCUUAAAUUAGAAAAUUGUGGACUUUCAGGAAGAUCUAUCGUCACACUAGUUGCAGCAUUAAAAAUGAACACUGGAAUAAGAGAACUUUACUUAGCUGACAAUGGGCUGAAUUUAUAUGAUGCAAUACAGCUUGGUUCUCUUCUUAGAUUAAAUAAUCAUAUACAGCUACUUGAUAUUAGUAAUAAUGUCAUUCAAGAUGAUGGUGUACGUGAUAUCCUAGAAGGUCUCAUCAAUCAAAUAAACGAGGACAAAGAUGGUAAAGGUUUAAGCAUAUUAGUAUUAUGGAAUAACCAACUGACAAAAAAAUCAUCUCCCUAUUUCGCACGUAUUAUAGCAUUGUCUAAGACGUUAGAGACACUAAAUAUUGGAAAAAAUAUGUUGUCUGAUGAGUUGUUAUUGAUUAUAAAAGAUGCAUUGAAAAAGAACCAUGUUCUAUUACAAUUGGGAAUACAAUCAACUGAGCUUACAUGUGAUGGAAUUGUUACAUUAUCUGAAAUCAUUGAAAUAAACCAUGCAUUGCAAAGGAUAGAUUUAAGAAAUAAUAGAAUACAUUUGACUGGAAUGAAGGCUCUCAGUUCUGCUAUGAAAAAGAAUAAAAAUAUUACUAAAAUAGAUUUAGAUGAUAAACCUGAUAUAAAAGUGGAUAAUUUAAACGAGACCUUGCUUCAGUACACGCAGCUUGUAGCUGAAAUUCGAAGCUGUUGUUUGGAAAACGAGAAAAGUCGUAUAUUAGAAGAAAAUAGCGAAGGUUUUGAUAAUUCAUAUCAUAGCAGAUUCUGUAGUGCAACCACUCGUAAAAUUUCGCUUACUUGUCAAACAUUACCAUGUUCUUUAUCACCCAUGAUUUCAAUACAAAAAGAUGAGCCUGGACGAUCGAUGCUCGAACCGAAACGUAUUAAUGGAGGUCGUCUUCGUUCUCCAGCCCCUAGUCCCGCCUCUUCACCCAUAGCCAGUCCAAUAUUAAGUCCCUCGCGAAGUCGGUUUGUGGUGUCCCGAGUUCCAGAAACGUUACGUACUACAGAAUCCUCAGUACCAUCGUCAUCAUCUGUUCUUCCAUCCCUUGGAUCAUCACCUACCUUUGUCACUUCUGCAAGUGGGUCAUCUAGAUUUCGUGUUUCAGUUGUUGAAUCAGCAAAUACUGUAUCUUUAUCUAAACCUGUUAUUACUACGACCGAGGCUGAUAUCAUGGUUGGUUUAAAUCCAAAAGUUAAUAUUGCAGAAUCGACUGAUUUAAGUUCGAAAGUUAAUAUUAAAGAAUCUACUGAUUUAGAUGAUCUGAAUACCGUACUCGCAUCUGAAUCAGAAAAGAAUAAUCAAACCAUUGAAAGUUUUCGAAGUAUUUCAAACGACUUGUCUCAUCUAGCUUUAAAUGUGGUAGAAAAAACGUAUGCACCGACGAUACUUGGAUAUCCUGUAGAAGAAUUAAAUACAAAUAAAUCUUUUGUUAAGACAAAGGUUGAAACUCAGCCUGAUGAUAAUAUAAGUUCUAUUAGUCUAGAACGCAAGAAAGAUGAUGUGCCAGACAAUCAAAUUAUUUCGAAUCGAUUGGAAGAUGUUUCAACGAUGACAGAUAUCGAGAGUGUAGAAAAUCGUUCUAACGAAAAUACAGAAGAUGUAAAAACGUUUACACCUACAGAUAGGAACGGAAAAAGUCCGCCUUAUAAUACAAUAAGUGAUAAAUCAAUAAUUUGUAAGAAAGGUUACGAUGCAACGGAUAAAGUAACAAAUACUCGUACAAACGAAAGUGUAGAAUUGCAGUCGCAAACGAAACACGAUCCAAUACAAAAAAGUACUUCUAAUUUAGGAAAAUUACUUUCGCUGUUUCAACAUUCUAGUUGUUUUUUUUCUGAUUCCACUCCUAUUAAUCAGUUGAAAAGUAAAAAUACGUUUCAAGGUAGCAUAAACAGCAUGAUGACUCUUGGAGAUAAAUUCCAUUAUUACAUAAAAGAUAAGAGAGAUAGGAUUUAUAAUCGUGAAACGGAAGAGUCCUCGGUAUCGCUAAAGAGUAAAUCAAAAUUUUUCAAUGUUUCUCAAUUGCCAAGUUUACAAAGUUUAGCGAAUAUGAUCCCAUCGUUUAGAUUCGAAGGUAAUAUAAAUGCUCCUGGACAAAGUAAUAAGCCUUGUUCCAAAGAAGUAGAUCUUUUACUCAAGAAAGAUAGUGAAAAUGAUUCAGUCGAUACAGAAAAAAAAUCUGUUGAACAUAGUAAGGAAAGCAAAAACUUACAUGUCUAUUUAGAAGGACGAAAGUCCACUCCUACUUUAGAUAAUCAAUUAUUAUCUGAAAAUAUACAAUCAAAAUUUCCUCCUGGUGUUACUAACAAAGAUGUAGUAUUAGCUGCAGAUUGCAUUGUUUCGAAUAUUAUUGAUACUUGUUCUAAAAUUGUGAAUAAUAAUUUAUUAAUGCAUGUUUCAAAUAGUAACACGAUUGUACCUGUACCUAAAUUAAUAGGUAUACCUGAAUAUUCUGCUUUAAAAGCAGUUGUACAGAAACGAAAUAUAGCAGGAAUACUAGAUAAAGUAGAUCCUAUACUAAUAAAAGAAACAAAUAAUGAAACUUUAACAGACAGUAUUAAUUUUACUAGUGAUAGCAAAUCUUUGUCGUGUAGUAUGAUGUAUGAUGUAAGCAAUGAUAUGCAUACUGUACAUACGUCUGACAGAAUGCACAAUUUAGUAAUAUUAAAUAUAAGUACAAAAGAUAAUGUUGGAAAUAAUUCUGCUUUUAAUGUAAAUAGUACAGGAAGUAAUACAGCAUGUUUUGUAUGUAAUCAAAAAUGUGUCUGUAAUGUAAAUAAUAAACCACUUGAAUGUUAUAAUACGUUGAAGAUAAAUGUAGAAACGAAUUGUUUAAAUAAUGAAGUUACCACAAUGUAUAGUAUUGACAGUAAUAGUGAUAGAAAUGUCUUUAUAAAUGUUCAUAAUAUGCCAACCAGCAAUGACGUAGAAGGAAUAAAUGUAUAUCGUGUAAAUAAUAGUACGAAUUGGAAAAGCGCAAUUGUAAAUAACAUACCAGAAGCAAAGAUAUCAAAAAUAAAUUGUACAUGUAAAGAUACUAACUCCGAAUUUAGCGAUGAUAGUGUACAUUCAUGUACUUCAGUACUUUAUAGAGAUGUAAAUACACCAAUAAAGCAAGAAGUGGUAGAGCCAUUUGUUAUAAAACAUAACAAAUAUAUUGAAAUAAGUAAUAUAAUUGAAAUGAAAAUUAAUAGUUCUAUUGUGAAAAAUAUUAUGGAUCAUAUGUUCAAGGAUAUGAAUAUUGUUAUGCCCAUACCAAGAAUGUACUCUUCUAUGACAAACUUCAAUGUGUUAAUUCUUAGAAAUCUUAUACAUCAUGUAGCAGAUAUCUCUAUUGAUGAAACUCCGAUCAAAAAGCUUUCAUUAGAUAUUACAACUAAUAAUUGGCCGAAUAUCGUUAAAGUAAAGACUUUAUUUUGUGAUCUAUCUCAGAUAUCUCACUCAUCAAUGAAUGCUAUAACUGAAAAGCCAGAAAAUAUUUAUAACAACAAUGAGGCGUUAAAAAUCGAUAAAAAUUCUUCACUGGAGGAUAAUGCCGAAGAAAGUAUAAGUUUUUACAAAAAACAGAAAGUCAAAGAAAACGAGGCUUUUGGAACUGUUUCCGAAUAUUCUUCAGUACCUGUAAUAGCUGAUCCUAUUGUCCAUUCAAAAGAAGAUGCAUCUUAUUUGAAAGACAAUGAUGAUGUAAGCAGUAACUCACCAGAGAAUAUUCAUAUGCUCAGUAACUUUGGAUCAAAUAUUGCUCAACAUUUAAAAUGCACAAAUUCAGAUGAUAUAAAUGAUACGACUCAACAAUACUUAAAUACAAUUAAAUGUGCAGUUGCCACAACUAUAUGUUCAACAGCUGUAGUGAACACAAGGGGCAAUACAACAGUUGACAUUAUUUCUGAUCAGAAUACUAAUAUUGCUGAGCCUUCAUCAGUAAUUCGUGCAAACAGCACAAAAUAAAAUCAAUGAUAUUGAAGAAGAAAAAGAAGAAGGAGAAUUGCAUCUUGUUGAAUAUGAAGACACAGAAUUAAAGAGAAGAUAUAUGGAGGAAAAUAACAAUCUUUACGAUUUUGACGAUGAAAUUGACGAAUUCAAGCAACUGACAAUGGAUCUUGAACCAAAGUAUCAGCAAUAUGCUAAAUGGAGGAUCUAAAACUACGUAUUAUUUGACUGCUUUAAUAGUGCGUGAUGGUUUUGUAAGAACACAAGUUCAGCUCAUAGAGUCGUUCCAAGGAAAUUAUAUUGUACAAAAGAAAAGAUAUAGGUAAAUCUUAUAAAUGUUACUGUAUAUAUAUAGACAAUUUGUAGUGUUUUAUACAUUAGUUCAGUUCAGUUUUAGUUCAAAGGUUUAAAUUUAUGAACAGAGAAGGUGAAAAAGAUACAGGAUCCAUAUACACAUUCAUGUGUAUUAGGGAUAAUGUUAGUACGUGUUUGAUUCUAGUCUAGAAAACAAUUGAUCUAAUAUAUAUUAUAGUACGAAUAAAAAAACAGCUAUAGUUAUCAAAACAAAGUUUGAGAUCUAACUGUGGCUAUUUUGAUAUUUCAAAAUCAAUUAUUUAAAUGUGUUAUUGCUAACUUUAGCAUUCAUAUGAUUUGCACAUGAUCGGAAAACGUUGUGCAUAAUGUAGAGAUGGAUGUAUAUAAUUGUAAUAUUGUAAUAUUAUACUACUAUGUGUGUACAUGAGCGUGUAUAUACAACUUAAUUAAACAAUAUAUACACACUCAUAUUAGAUGCACACCAUGAAAAAAUUGUUACUUUUGAAAGCAAUUUGCGUCAUUAAGGGAAAAGUAUUACAGAAAUUGUUAUAUGUAACAUCAGAUUUUUAUUUAUGAAUUGUAAAACAAUUUCAAUAUUGACAUAAUAUAUUUUUAUUAUAUAUAAGUAUAGAAUAUAUAUAUACACGUAUAUAAGAAGUUCUUGACUUAAACAUAAGUCAAUGCUUAGACUUGAAAUUUGAGUCUUUGUUACUUGAAGAAUGUAUACUUGUUACAUUGUAUAUUCGUAAAGUUUUUCUUUAAUAUGUUAUUUCUAUAAAUAUAUAUAGAACACAAUUCGUUAGGGAAGAAGGAAUGAAAUUGACAUGAUAUGAAUGUAAUUUUAUUAAGCCAUUGGCCUGUGUCAGGAAUUUAUUAAUACUAAUCAUCAGUAACUCAUAAAUUAUGUUUCAUAUAUAUUCGUAAUCGCGAAAUUUACUUUCGUACAUUAAAAGCAGCCGAUAAAAUAUUACAUAACAUAAAACUUUAAAGUAUUAUUUUAUAAUUAAUAACGACUUUAUGGAGUUCAAAGUAACGAGUAAAUGGAUAAUACCUAAUUAUAUUUCGUUGAAUUUUGACGAAGCAUUACGAAAAAUUAAAAGAAAUAUUCAAUAGUUAUAGUUAGCUAUAUUCAUAUAUUUCUUCAAUCACGAAGCUCUAUAACUAAAAUUAAAAUAAAAAGUCGAUUAAUGAAUAGUACUGUGUUGAUUUAGCGAUCUUAAAAAUAUAAUUAUUGUAAUUAUUUUACAGAUAUGUAUGUACGUACACGCAUGCGCGAUUCUGUACAUUAAGUUCGCAUAGAAUUCGCGCGCAUGAAAUGCGUACGCUUACGUUGUGAAAUGAAUUAUGUACAAUUUAUAUAUAUUGAGAAGGAAUUGAAUUUAUUAAGAAUUUUAUCACACCAAGAAAUGAAAGAAUAAAGAUGGUUUACUAACA